GCAAGGUUUCAGGUAAGCUCAGUGAGAAAUGAAGUUUUGUCUAAUGAAAUUAUGCAGACUACUCUGUUUGGCGCUGAGUUUGCCCUUGCAUAUUAUGCAGCUCAUAGGGUUGUGUGGUGUGUACAAACGCCUGUUUCCCUUGCUCGCCUACAAAAUAACAUUUUCAUACAACGACAAAAUGCACAAAGUGAAGAGAGAGCUCUUCCGCAACGUGGCCAAAUUUGCAGACACCGAUGGCACGCUUCGCCUGUUGGAGAUCGGCUGCGGCAGCGGAGCAAACUUCAGGUUUUACCCCUACGGAUGCACGGUGAUCUCCACUGACCCCAACCCGCACUUUCAGAAGUACCUGCGGAUGAGCAUGGCCGCAAACCAGCAUCUGACUUACGACAAGUUUAUAUGCGUCUCCGGGGAGGACAUGCGGGGAGUGCGGGACGAGUCUGUGGACGUCGUUGUCUGCACCUUGGUUCUGUGCUCUGUCAGUGAUGUGCAGCAGGUCCUGCAGGAGACCCGGCGCAUCCUCAAAACAGGCGGAGCCUUCUACUUUUUGGAGCAUGUUGUCUCUGACUCCUCAUCCUGGACAUACUUUUUGCAGUAUGUGUUUGAGCCUCUGUGGUGCUAUCUCGGGGAUGGAUGCAUGGUUACAAGAGCAACGUGGAAAGACAUAGAGGAAGCUGGUUUUUCUGAGGUUAACUUAAGACAUGUUGAGGCUCCAUGCCUCCAUUUGAUGAUCAGGCCACACAUCAUGGGAUACUGCAUUAAAUGACUGCAUGGUGGAAUGUAGAGUUUAAAUUAAAAUAUUCAGGUUAUACAAUUACAGACAUCCUGGUGCAACAAUUUAUAAUAGCCUACUAAUAGUUUACACAUGAAUUUCAAACCACUGGGUUAGAGGAUGGAGGUUUAUUAUCAAAGGAAGCACAUCUGUGUGCACAAACGUCUGAAAUUCACUGUAUUUUUAAGAAUUUUUCAUUCUCCCUCUGUAAUUGUUACAGAUCUUCUUACAUUUUUAUUACAAUACAUUAGCCACACUACAUAGAGUGAGUGAAAAUAUAUUUAUUUACACAAUCAGCAACAUUUCAUUUAUUGUUUGUUCUUCUUUCCCACCCCUCCCAAGAUGUACAUAAUAAAUAUUACCUGGACACUGUGCUUUUUUUCCCUGAUUGUCUA